GAGUUGGGCAAAUGUGGAAAACUGCCGUCUCAUUCCCCUGUUUGUUGUUCACAUUCGACCCCAAUCUCCAUAAUUCAGCUGGCGAUUCCCGGCAGUAGAUUGGAGAUAGAAGGCGGAUUUCUUGAAAAUCUGGCAAGGGAAACUCCGGGAACAGCGUGUGCGCUUUCCGGCCCCGGAAAUUGCGCCAACUCGGCGCCUAGCAGCUCUUUGAAUUUUCCGACUAAGGCGUAAAUCGAUUUUGAACAGUGUCCGGGUGGCGUGUUACCAUUUUUCCCGAUCUGCGGAAAAUGGUGAAAAUGUGGGCUAGUGAAUGAUGGCCUUUUCCGGUGAAGUGGAAAGUGGACGAGGUUUUCCAGCAGUCGCAACAGUGAAAGUGGUCGCUAGUUAAUUGUUUUUGAAGCAAGUAUGUAGGCCAAUAUCUGAGCAAAGAGACACUAGCCUAAAAUCGACGUUCUAAAGAAUCCAAGGGAGGCUUAGUCUUUUUAAAAGCAAAUAACUGAAAAUCAGUAGAAAAUUGCCCUAAAAGCUUCCGUAAUUCUUCAGUUGCUGUCCAAAUUAUUAUUCAGCACCAGUUUCACUUAUGGGGAACUUUCCGUUCUAAACCCAGCUAAGUUUUGCGUGUAAAUUGAGGCAAAAUGCAUCUGCACUUUGAAAGGACUGUGAACGCGAAAAGCGAUUGUCGCAUUCUGUCUUUGACUUGGAUGGGAAAAGUACCCGAUGAAUUGGCGGAGGAAGAAGCCUGGAAGCUUAACAGAACCAACUACUAUCAGGAAGGUUGGCUGGCAACUGGCAACGUUCGUGGUAUUGUGGGAAUCACUUUUACUACCAGCCAUUGCAAGAAAAACGUGGAGUUUCCUUCGAGGACUAACUAUAAUCUGCGGGGCCACAGAUCAGAGAUCAUCCUGGUGAAAUGGAACGAACCAUACCAGAAACUGGCAUCUUGCGAUAGCUCUGGAGUGAUCUUUGUCUGGAUUAAAUACGAGGGCAGAUGGUCCAUUGAGCUGAUAAACGACCGCAGCACUCCGGUGACGCACUUUGCAUGGUCGCAUGAUGGAAGAAUGGCCCUCAUUUGCUACCAGGAUGGCUUCGUCCUGGUGGGCUCAGUAGCUGGGCAACGCUACUGGUCGUCCAUGCUAAGUGUGGACUCCACAAUAACCUGCGGCAUCUGGACACCGGAUGACCAGCAGGUCUACUUUGGCACCAACGCCGGACAAAUCGUUGUAAUGGACGUCCAUGGGGCGAUGGUGUCCGAAGUGCAACUGGGUGCCGAUAUCAGCAUCACCUCAAUGGCGUGGUCCUGCGAGAAGUUUAAAAUGGAAGAAAACGAAUUCACCUACUCUCGCUCAGGCGACAAACGAGCGUUUUUGCUGGCGGUUUCUCUACAAAACGGCUACGUUUACCUUCUAAGCACUUUUGAUGAUGUCACUCCCAUCCACAUUAAAACCGGCCUGCAAGGGCCGCUCUGCAUGGAGUGGAACAAUUCCAGAGAGCUGCUGGCGGUGGCCGGCAUAACGGAGGAAUCUCCCACUCUGGGGCCUCUAAUGGAGUACACCAACAUGCUGCAGCUCUACUCCUAUAAGGGCGUGUUGCUGCAUCAGGUGCGGAUUCCAUACACCCAGGCCAGAGUCUCCACUCUAACAUGGGGCCACAACGAUAAGAGGCUGUUUUUGGCCACGGGGUGCCAAAUCCACAUUGCCUGGGUGGCGCAGCGCAUUCCCUCCCUCCAGCUCCUUUCCAGAAUUCGACUCUUCAACUUAAUUCCGUCCGAGGCGAUGCUGAGCCGACUCCCGUUGCCCCUGCGGAUCAGGAACAUCAUCGGCAACCUUUACACUCAAACCAUCAGGUGUUGCGUUCCAGAACCGAGCGCCCUGAGGGAGUUCGUCUCCAGACCUCCCACAGGCUCAGUGCGUCUACACUGCACCAUGAUCAAGCACGACGAGGACAUUAACAACUCCACAGGCAUUUGCUACACUUUAUACUUGGAGUAUCUGGGAGGACUAGUGCCCUUGCUCAAGGGCAAAAGAACCAGCAAAAUUUGCCCGGAGUUUGUCAUUUUUGACCCUCAAGUGGACGGAGCAGCAGACUCUUCCCCAUCCAAGUCCAAGAGUUCGUCCAGCACCUCGCCAUCAACAGCCAACGCCAGCGGGGGAAUCAGCGAUUCUUCCGACUCAGAGAAGGAGGAGCUGUGGCCUGCCUCGCCACUGCUGCAGAGGACCAACUGGAGAAGGAACCGGUUCUGCAAUUGGAGGCAAAUGACCAUCUCCCACUAUUACCGAAACUACAUCCAGUUCGAGCAACCCCCCUUGAGCUACGUGGACACUCUUCCGGAGCAAGCGCGUCUGGUUGAAGUCACUUCCAAUCUUUGGGCUACCAAGUUCAAGAUCCAUGGCCUGGCCAGCGGGGUGGUUCCGUCCAAUCUGGGCAAGGUGACUUACAAAACCUCCCUGCUGCAUUUGCAGCCCCGCCAAAUGACCUUAGUGAUCACGGAACUUCGGGACGACUUCCCCAUAGUUCCCGACCCAACGUUCAACCCCAACUUGUUCAGUGAAGACGAGGAGGAUCCAGCCGCUGACCUGCCGGAGGAAAAGACCAAAUGCUCCAGGAUGAAUAUGGAAAGUUGCCCACCAAUAGCGCCAAUGUCUCCACGAACCGUCGCCUUAAACCGGCAAAAGUCCCACCUGAGCUCGGAAGCUUGCAGCAGCAAUUCCAUGGAGAACCAUGGGGAAGACAAACGCCUGGUGGUGGAUGGUGACGAUCGAGCUUUAAUCCGUCCGCAGAAUCUGUCGCGUCCAAACAACAGCCAAAAUUCGACCAGUUUUAUUGGGCCGUUGAGCAAACCCGGGGGCCAAAACCAAAAACACGCCAUUUCGCCUAUUUGCUGCGAGGUUUCAGUGCCUGCACUCCAGUCGCCUAAAAACGCGGUGGCUCCUAGUGAUACCAUCUUCGAUCGGCCCUCUGCCCCUACUAUAAUCUCCUAUUCGACCACGAGUGCUGCUACUUUGCAGGUAAAGCCCAGCUUUGAACUGGCCAACAGCAGAAAAGACUUCAGCUUCAACAUUGGAGAUCAGAAGUCCACGGCGGGAAGAAAACAGGCAGCUGAGGCCAGUUCCAGCCAACCGGUCCACUCGGCUUCCAAGCGUGAAGACGGCUCGAGCAAGGUGAUGGCAACUGAAGACAAAACAAGAAUAAUGCCUAGAAGUUGCAGCGUGGGCUAUCUGGACAUGGUGGACGCCCAGAUGGUCCCCCCAAGACUGGCUGGGCUCAGUCAGGGAGACAAUCUCAGUAAAAGGUUGAUUCUCGUCAGCAAUCAAAAAGACGCGAGCAAAAGAAGACAGAGCCGGUUGAGGCAACGCGCCAACCCGAAGGCCGAGAGUGAGCAGCUGAAAAAAUUCGGGAAAUCAAAGAGUUUGGACUCCAGCGAGAUUUUCCCCAGCCCUAAAAGCCCCAGUUUUGCCAUCAAGGAGCAGGAAAUUCCCGAACAAACCGAGCCCCCCAGUGAAUCUCCGAAAAUUAAAGCACCCAAAAAGCAAGGUGCAACAGAUAGCAACCUGAACAGCAACAACUGCAAGCUUAAAAUUGCUUGUGGCAUUCCCAGAGUGUCUGUGCUGUUGCUUCUGAACACAGAAGAAGCUUCUCCGGCAUUUUCAGAGUCCCUAGAAGCGUUUCUGAGCACUUUCACUUGA